GGGCCCGGGGCGGUCCCACAGCGCCCCCUGCGGCCCGGGCCGUGGCCUGGGGGGCGGGGAGGUCAACCGGGGUCCCCAGGACCCCAAGGGAAUACGAGGGGAGCAAGGGGUGAGUCGGUUCCCGAUUCUGGUCCCCGGCCCCCAGCAGCGCCUGCCCCCUUCCCACCGGGGCCCCCCAUGAUGCCACCACCCUUCAUGCCCCCUCCAGGGAUCCCCCCACCCUUUCCUCCGAUGGGGCUCCCACCCAUGAGUCAGAGACCACCAGCCAUCCCCCCCAUGCCACCUGGCAUCUUGCCCCCAAUGCUUCCACCAAUGGGGGCACCACCACCACUCACACAGAUACCAGGAAUGGUACCUCCGAUGAUGCCAGGAAUGCUGAUGCCAGCAGUGCCUGUCACUGCCGCGACGGCUCCGGGUGCGGACACCGCCAGCUCUGCUGUGGCUGGGACAGGCCCUCCGAGGGCCCUAUGGAGUGAGCAUGUGGCCCCUGAUGGGCGCAUCUACUACUACAAUGCUGACGACAAGCAGUCCGUGUGGGAGAAGCCCAGCGUGCUCAAGUCCAAGGCGGAGCUGCUGCUGUCUCAGUGUCCCUGGAAAGAGUACAAGUCAGACACAGGCAAACCUUACUACUAUAAUAACCAGAGUCAGGAGUCCUGCUGGACCCGGCCCAAGGACCUGGAUGACCUGGAGGCUCUAGUCAAACAAGAGGCUGCAGGAAAAAUGCAACAGCCGCAGACACUACAGCCACAGCCACCUCAGCCUCAGCCUGACCCCCCACCUGCACCUCCUGGCCCCACUCCAAUGCCCAAGGGCCUCCUGGAACCUGAGCCAGGUGGGAGUGAAGAUUGUGAUGUGUCGGAGGCUGCCCAGCCCCUGGAGCAGGGGUUUCUGCAGCAGCCAGAGGAGGGCCCCAGCAGUUCUGCUGGACAGCAUCAGCUAACACAGCAAGAGGAGGAAGAAUCCAAGCCAGAACCAGAGAGGUCUGGCCUCAGUUGGAGCAACCGAGAGAAGGCAAAGCAGGCAUUCAAGGAACUGCUGAGGGACAAGGCUGUCCCCUCCAAUGCCUCAUGGGAACAGGCCAUGAAGAUGGUAGUCACAGAUCCCCGUUACAGUGCCUUGCCCAAACUAAGUGAGAAAAAGCAGGCAUUCAAUGCUUACAAGGCACAGCGGGAGAAGGAGGAGAAGGAAGAGGCCCGGCUAAGGGCCAAGGAGGCCAAGCAGACCCUACAGCAUUUCCUGGAACAGCAUGAACGCAUGACCUCCACCACCCGCUACCGGCGGGCAGAACAGACCUUUGGGGAACUGGAGGUCUGGGCUGUGGUCCCUGAGAGGGAUCGAAAAGAGGUUUAUGAUGAUGUCCUCUUCUUCCUGGCCAAGAAAGAAAAGGAACAGGCCAAGCAGCUCCGGCGCCGAAAUAUUCAGGCCCUGAAGAGCAUCCUGGAUGGAAUGAGUAGUGUCAACUUCCAGACCACAUGGUCCCAGGCACAACAAUACCUCAUGGAUAACCCCAGUUUUGCUCAGGACCAUCAGCUGCAAAACAUGGACAAGGAAGAUGCCCUGAUCUGCUUUGAAGAGCACAUCCGAGCUUUGGAGAGGGAGGAGGAGGAGGAGCGGGAACGGGCCCGACUUCGGGAACGGCGACAGCAGCGCAAGAACCGGGAGGCUUUCCAGACCUUCCUGGACGAGCUGCACGAGACAGGGCAGCUGCACUCCAUGUCCACCUGGAUGGAGCUGUACCCAGCAGUCAGCACUGAUGUCCGCUUUGCCAACAUGCUGGGCCAGCCGGGCUCUACCCCUCUGGACUUGUUCAAGUUCUAUGUGGAAGAGUUGAAGGCACGAUUUCAUGAUGAGAAGAAGAUCAUUAAGGACAUUCUUAAGGACCGGGGCUUCUGCGUGGAGGUGAACACAGCGUUUGAAGACUUCGCCCACGUCAUAAGCUUUGACAAGAGGGCUGCUGCGCUGGACGCAGGCAACAUCAAGCUGACCUUCAAUAGUCUGCUGGAGAAAGCAGAGGCACGGGAGAGGGAGCGGGAAAAGGAGGAAGCACGAAGGAUGCGGCGCAGAGAAGCUGCCUUUCGAAGCAUGCUGAGGCAGGCCGUGCCUGCUCUGGAGCUGGGCACUGCGUGGGAAGAGGUCCGUGAGCGCUUUGUGUGCGACUCAGCCUUUGAGCAGAUCACCCUAGAGUCGGAAAGGAUCCGGCUCUUCCGGGAGUUCCUGCAGGUGCUGGAGCAGACUGAAUGCCAGCACCUCCACACCAAAGGCCGAAAGCAUGGCAGGAAGGGCAAGAAACACCAUCACAAGCGUUCCCACUCACCCUCUGGCUCCGAGUCGGAAGAGGAGGAGCUGCCCCCACCAUCCCUCCGGCCCCCCAAGCGGAGGAGGCGAAACCUCUCAGAGUCUGGCUCUGAUCCCUCAUCCUCACUUGAUUCAGUUGAAAGUGGGGGUGUUGCCCUUGGAGGACGGGGCUCCCCAUCCUCCCACCUUCUUCUUGGAUCAGAUCAUGGCCUUCGGAAAGCCAAGAAACCAAAAAAGAAAACUAAAAAGAGAAGACAUAAGUCGAACAGCCCUGAGAGUGAGACAGACCCCGAGGAGAAAGCUGGCAAGGAGAGUGAAGAGAAAGAACAAGAACAAGACAAGGAUAGGGAGCUUCGGCAGGCAGAGGUCCCUAAUCGCUCCCCAGGCUUUGGAGUCAAGAAGGAGAAGACAGGCUGGGACACGUCAGAAAGCGAGCUGAGUGAGGGGGAGCUAGAGAGGCGGCGGCGGACACUCCUACAGCAGCUGGAUGACCACCAGUGACCUGAUAAGCUGCUCUCUGCCUCGGGCCUGCUUGAGGUGGUGGCUUCUUGACCACCCUUACCGUAUGCCUCAGACUCCUUCGUCUGUUCGGUGUCCACUUUUCCUAAAGUAAAUCCACCCUCAGUACACCACUGUUGGCACCUGUCAAGGUUGCUCUUGGUGUUCAAGGGUUCCCCACUUCCCGGACAACUAGUGCAGUCCUUGCCCACAGCCCCAGGCCAUGUUGAAGGGGGGGCGGGUGAUACCAGUAGAUCAAGUAUGAGCAAUGGGGUCUCCAGGGAAGAGACAGGCUGGUGGACACAGCCUGGGUGGCAUAGGGCUGAGUUCUUACCCUCUAGUAUCAGUGCCUGCCCAGGGGCUUCACCACUGCUUUCUCCAGGGACCUGACGUAUGUGUGUUUUGUUUUUGUUUUUUAAAUAACAAUAUUUAUAACAUGG